UGCGAUCAAAAGGGAAAAAUAAGUAUACGCCACAAAAAGAAGUUGAACAGCACAAGUUACAGUGAACUAUUCCAGCAAUAUAUAGGAGAGUGUAGGUCCUAAAAUAGCUGUGCCUGAUUAUUUCCUAUCAACUUACUGACAUGGACAAAAGUGCGGGAGGUGCACAUUUACCCAAGGAAGCGCGUAACUUUGGACAACUUCAGCUUAAAUAUUCGCGUUUUGUAAACCCAUAAACCCCACUCUCUGGUUCAGGACACGCUUUUUCGUUCUCCAUUAAAUAGGUUUUUUCUUUCUAUUGGAUUUCAAUCUCGAUAUACGUUGUUUAUAUUUAAUUAUCACGGUUAUGUCGUCUUUCCAAAUUCAACUUGAUGCUGUUGAUCAAGAGAUCGAAUCCAUCGAGACCUCCAUUCAUCUGUUACAGGAAACGAAGAACGAUCUCCUUGUCAAGCGGGAAAAAUUAUUGGAUGCCUUAGCUCGACAAGCAAUCCAAACGCAUACUACUACAACUUCCUCGUCUGCGCCAUCGACCCGACUGGAUCCGUCACCAUCAGCAUCUUUAACGUUAGAGGAAUUUAGUUGGUCUGCCGAUCUACGACGAUUAGCCAAAGAAUAUUUUGAUAUUGGAAGCUUUCGUCCACUUCAAUUACCUAUCUUAAAUGCAGCAGUACAAAAUGAAAGAGACAUAUUUGUUGUCUUACCCACAGGAGGAGGAAAAUCACUAUGUUAUCAACUGCCCGCAGUCCUACAAAAUGGUUUUACUCUAGUUAUAUCACCACUCGUUUCUUUGAUUAAAGAUCAAGUUUACCAAUUACAGCAAGCGAAUAUACCCUCUGCCUAUUUAACAGGCUCGUCUACGAAGGAAGAAGUAAACUUUGUACAAGAUGGUAUGGUCCCGGCUAGAAAAAAAGGAUCAUCUUCUUCCACAGCAGAACCACCAUUCAAACUACUGUAUGUCACGCCAGAAAAGAUCGCCAAAAGUAAACGGUUUAUGGCCAGAUUGAACAAGGCGUAUGAUGCAGGUUAUUUGGCGCGAAUUGUGGUGGAUGAAGCACAUUGUUGCUCACAGCAAGGCCAUGACUUUCGACCUGACUAUAAACAACUUAACGUUCUGAGAACGGUGUUUCCGAAAACAAGGAUCAUGGCACUGACCGCCACUUGUCCUUGGUCAGUGAUGAAGGAUGUCAUGAAAAUAUUGAAUAUGAAGCAACCACAAGUAAAAGAUGGAACUUUGGUUUUCAGUGCACCAUUACACCGACCUAAUUUAAGAUAUAGUGUGGUACAAAAACCGGAAUCAUCGGAAGAAACGAUCCGCCAUAUCACUGAUUGGAUUUUUAAUCACUAUCCUCGUCAAUCUGGUAUCAUCUACUGUCUCUCCAAAAAGGAUACUGAAGUUGUUUGUGAAGCUAUACUCAAGGAAAGUAAAGGAAAAAUUAAAUGUGGCGCUUAUCAUGCCGAUAUGGAUGACGAGGAUAAAGAAAUGGUGCACCAAUUUUGGCGAGAUGGCAAAUUACAGGUGAUUGUUGCUACCAUUGCGUUUGGUAUGGGUAUCAAUCAUUUGGAGACUAGAUUUAUUAUUCACCAUUGCAUGUCCAAAUCCAUGGAAGGGUAUUAUCAAGAAAGUGGAAGAGCUGGUAGAGAUGGAAAACCGGCGGAAUGCAUUAUUUACUAUAGAGGCACGGAUGCUAUGCGCCUGUCUUCGUUGGUAGUUGGGGAAGUGAGUGGUAGAAAUGGACUGUAUGAAAUGAUCCGUUAUGCACAGGAUUACCGCACAUGUCGUAAAAUACUCUUUGAGAAAUACUUCUCCCUGGAUGCUGUCAGUGAAUCUUCAUCCGAGGAAGGUCUAGUCAACAAAAUCACGCCUGAUGAGCCUUGUGGUAUCUGUGAUAAUUGUCAACGGUCCAAUGGAAGCAUUCGAUCCGAAGAUAUUGCACCUUUGGCAAAGGCUCUUGUUCAACUAUGUAAAAUACUAAAGGAUUUCAAUGAAAGAGUAACGAUGUCCAAAUUAGUGCAAAUGGCUCAAGGACGUCAACUAGGUAUUGUUAAGACAAAAGUGAUGAAUGAUCCAUCUAUUCAAAUACCCUUUGAUCGAAAAUACAAUGACUAUGAUAUUGAAAGAGUCAUCAAUCAUUUAUUAUUGGAAGAAUAUUUGACUGAAGAUUUUCUGUUCACGCCCUAUUCUACCAUUGUGUAAGUGCGAUCACUGUUUUGAAAGUACAACUAAAUACAACUCACCUACCUGCAAUUACUUGUUGUG